GCCGUCGCCAUCGAAGCAUCGAAGCAGAGAAUUUAAACGCAGCCAGCAUAAUAAAAAUUUCAGUCGGCUUUUUCACGACGCGCCCGCGGUUGUUUGUUUCAAACAGCAAAUUCAAGUGCAUUCAAUAGUAAAAUUCAUUUAUUUUUUCUAAGAAUAUUGUGAAAAAACCCAAGAAAAAAAGAGAUAUAUAAUAAAAAAAAACCAUGAUACACUUGAUAAAGUUAAUGCCGGCGUCGAACACAGCAUAAAGUGUAAGUCAUUAUGAAACGCUGUGUGUGCGUGUGCGUGUGCUUCAGCAUCCCAUUCAAGGAUUAUGCUGUUUAAGAGUUGAACAAUGGAGUAAGCGGAACUGCCGGGAAUUAAGUAGGUAAGCCAGCCAAGCAAGUAGCCAACCAGUCAGGCCAGUCGGUCACUUAAGCUGCACAACCGGAGAUAUUCAGGAGCUUAAGAGGAUUGGCAUCAUCAAGUGCAAUGUUUGAUGUUACCUGGCUGCCCACCGCUUGUGGCUCCUUGGCACCGGCACUGAUACCACCGGCUCACAUCGUUGUAUUGUGGUACUUCUGGGAGAAUUAUGCACGCUACGUGGACCGGCACUUCUGCACGUGCUCCUGCUGGGAUACGGUGUUCAAGGGUCCCUACGAAUCGGGAGUGGCCGCCUACAAGCACAUGUACUUCAAUGCGACGCCCAAUAGCUUCAAGAUGUGGAUAUUGACGGUCUUUGCCGUAAUUGCACUUUACGAGUGUAUCAAGCGGCUCAUCGCCCUAAUCCUGCAGCAGAGAGUGCGCUACUCAAUGCUGCUACUGUUCCUGCUGUCCAUCUUCUCGCACUAUUAUGCCUGGUGGGCGUACAUCAACUAUUACAACGACGACUACUACAAUCAAUGGAAUCACCAACUGUUCUUCACGGUAACGGAGCUAUUCUCCACAGUGCUGGUAAUGCACUUGGCCAACACCACGAAUGUGGUUAAGCCCAAGAAGGUGUUCUGCAUUGUGGGCAUUGCACUGCUGCACAUCCUCGCCGGGAGUUUCGAUCAAUUCUUCAUGAAUGUGGUGCGGGGCGAGGGAGCAGCCCAUCAGGUAGUACGCGACAUAGGAUUCAUGUUGCCCGAUCUGUUGCACUUUGUCAUACCGAUUUGGCUGUUGCGCCGGGCGAGGAGUGAGAACUUUUCGACGCGUCCCUUCUAUCGGGACCGGAAGCUGCAUAGAGAUAUUGUGGCCAUGCUGUGCCUGGUGUCCAUGCUCUUUGUGCUCUGUACGAUUUUGUGAGAACGAAUCCUAUUUGGCGCCUACGAGGAGGCGCACGGCAAGGUAAAGCCUGCUCAGGAUGCAGCCGUUUUGCUGCUGAAUCGUUACCGCAUGUUGGCCAACAACAAUGUGCAUAACUAGAAGCUGGCUGGACGAACUGUGCCGGAACGAACUGUGGACAAUAUGCUGCUGCUGCACUUGCCCGUAAGUGUGUGGGCGCAGCCACGCCCUUGUGCUUGUAGUUACGUACAAUUUAUGUUUUGUCAUUAACGAUUUGUGAUAGUUUUUUGUAA